AUGAAUAACGAUAAUAUACCUGAAGAAUUUGAUUACGAUGAUGGGGUGGUAAGUUUUGGUACCUUGACUGAAAAUCAAAUAGAAAGGUUUAAAAGAUUACCACGCCAUACUGUGCUGCCUUUAGACAUACAAUUAAGGUAAGUAAAUGUUUAAGAAUAACAUUAUUAUUAAAUACUAAAGAAAUUUGUGUUAAGUACCCUUGUAUUAUUUUGAUAAUUAUUAUAAUCAUGUUUAAAUUAUUCAAUUUCCAUAUAGUAUUUACUUGGCAUUAUUAUAUUUUACAAAUUUAAUUAAAAAUAAUGUUUUAAUAGUAUCUACCCAUUCAAUUAUUGAUUUUAUAUUCUAUAGAUUGAGAAAUUAGAAAUAUUAAAAUAUAACUAUUAUAUAGUAUAUAUUUUCCACGACUAAUAAGUUAACCAAUAUUUUUAUAAAACCAAUAGAUACAUUAAUCUGAUUAUUUAUUAAAUUAAAGUAUUGGAAUAUUUACUCAAUUGAAGAAAUUAAUAUUAGUUUAAAACUUGCUCAGCUUGAAUACAGCUACCAUUUUAAUUCUAAUUUAUUUUUUUAGUUUGUGAUAUUCAAGGCAUAAUAAUUGAGAAAUUAAAAAUUCAUAUUUCUAAUGGUUUAUUUAAAAAAUGCUGAAUACCUGAAUAGAUCUAAGCAUGUUUACUGUUUUUUUAAAAGUUCCUUAGAAUUAAAAUUUACUCCAAUUCUAUUUUCCUUGAUUUGUUUAAAAUCGAAAUGAAAACAUUUUCUGUAUUAUACAUUUUAUAGUUAAUUUAUGAGUGGAUUUGUAUUAGCUCUACUUUUUAUGCCAAUAUAAAAUUUAAUUUAUUUUCAGUCAAUCUUUUUUGGACACGGACAGAGAUGACCACGACAAACGCCAUGGUAAAUUUCAAUUUAUUCUAUUUAUCAAAACUACUUAAAACCACUUAAUAUAUCUUUAUUUUAUAAUUUAUUUAUUUUUUUUACAUUAAUAUUGUUAACUUCUUUAAUUUAUGUAUUAAAAUGUAGAUCAAUCAAUAGUCUUUUUAAAUGAGUCUCAAAAAAAUUCAACAACUCAUUUUGACAACAUGAGUAAGUCGUGUUAUAAUUUUACAGUUCAAAAUUAAUUACACUAAGUUAUUUUACUUUUUCAAUUAGAUUGUACAACCCAGUUAAAGAAUUUUGACAAGGAAAGAGAAACUGGUACAAUAGAAUUAAAACAAAGCUUUGUUGAUGAAUCUUGUAAGUAUAAAGUACAUUUUUUGUAAUAUAGGAUACCCUGUGUUUCUCAGGGUUUAUCAGUUAAAACCGUCAGCACAUUAUCCCUAUAACUGUGAUCGUCGUUGCCACAAAGUGACUGCAUCACGAGAGUUAAUAGGUAUGUGUUGCGGAUGACCUGCAGCUUCCGCUCUAGAAGCUGCCUGGGACAGAUAAAAGGUAGUAGGGCUUCAAUAAUCUCGGAUCUGACUAUGACUAGUCCUUGUCGCUUACUGAAGUUAGUUUACACACCCUCUAGGGCAUGGGUCCCACUGUUUAAUAAAAUAAUUGACCUAUCAGCACCAAGCAUUAUUUUAGUUUAAAUUAUGCGUUUUGUUAUACUAAAAAUAGAUUGUAUACCGUGUAUAAGAAUAAAAUAAAACAUUAUUUCCAAGAAAUACAGUGGCACCAUAUGAUUACACUAGGCGCUAUUACUCUAUAAAUUAAUGUAGGUAUUUGGGGACAUUAAGUGUUGAUGGGUUUAAAGUAAUGUAUUAACAAGUGUAAUUAUUAAAAUUAUUUAAUAUUUUCUGUUUUUAUUGAUCAUUUUGUUUGAAUAUAUUAUAAAUUUAAUUAAUUAAAUAAUAUUUUUAUUGAUAUUUUACUCUAAUAAUUAUGAUUAAUGUUAUUUCUUGUUAAAUACAAACAAUUUUAGUUAUGAAAAUAAUAACUUAAGUGUACAAAAAAAAAAUAAAAAAUUAUUUACUCUAUUUUUAUCAAAAAUAAAACAAUUUAUUGUACACAUUAGUAUUAUAAAUAAAUAAUAAUAAUAAAAAUACUAAGAGCCUGUAAUUUACUGAUCUUGAAAUAUUACUUUUACAGCAUCAUUUUCUUCACCGAGUGCAGUAAAAUUCUUUCCUUCAACAAAAUUGCUUGAUACAGAUGUUGUUAAUAGAUAUAUGCAUAAAAAGUCAAUAUCCUCAAGUAAGAUAUAUUAAAAUUAUAAAUCAUAAUUUUCUAUAUAUAUGUAGUUUUUCCAAGCUGAUAAAAUUAUUUGAAUUCCAUUCCAAGAGCUGAACAGUUUCUUCUGAAUUCUGUUGUCCCUCUUUUUAUCUAUUAACUAGUAAUUUUUCCCUUCAAAUUUUAGGAUUAGGACUAGCAGGAUGUUUCAUUCCCAUAAAAAAAUUGAGUUUACUGAUAUUUUGUCUUCGGCAAUUAUUAAACAUAGGACAUUUUAAUUAAUCUAAAAAUUAAACCAUAAAUUCAGGUUUCUUUUUAUUACAUUUAGCAUUUAUUACAAUGCUAAUUUGGGGCUUUAUCAACCCACCAGUCUAGUUUAUGCUGUCUAAUUAUAUAAAUUUGACUUGUUCAUUUUUCUAAAAUUUAAUAGUUAUUACAGUAAAUCACUAUGUUAAAAAAUAGAUAGUAAUAAUAUUUAAAAAUAGAAUUAUUUUUUCAGAUGAAUCCUUGUCUGAAUAUCAAAAUACAACUACUAUUGAAGGUAAUUGUUCUAUUUAUUUUUAAUAAUAUACAAACUGAUUUACUAAGCGUGCUCACCCUAUUUUUUGGGUUAAAUUUUGCAUGCAUUAAAAUUCUGAUUUUUGGAAUAUUUAAGUGUAGUUAAUGCUGAUAUUUUCAAAUCAUUUAAAGAGUAUCCUUUGGCGAUACCAACUUCAGUUUUUCAAAUGAGAACCUAUAUUGAAAAUUCCAUAAAUAGACUGAGUAUUAUUUUAAACAAAUGGGUUUGAAUUUUUGAUUUCCAUCCACUUGUUGAUGAGAUAUUCCACUUUUAAGUUAGGGUAGUGGAGUAUCAUUUGUGUAACAGCCCAACCUUUUAUUAGUGCUUCACUACUCUCCCCCUAUCUAAACUUAAAAGUGGAGUAUCUCGUCAACUGGUCAUUGAAAAUUUUAACAUCAACAUUUAUUUUAUUUAAUAUUCAGUCAAUUUAUGGAAUUUUUAAUAUAGGUUCUCAUUUGAAAAACCAAAGUUUGUAUCACCAUAGGAUACUCUUAAAAUGUUGUGAAAAUUAGAAUUUUAAAUAUUUGUAAAAUUUAACCGAAACAAAAAAUAGGCAGAGCACGUUUAAUAAAUCAUCCUGUAUAUAUAUAUAUUUGUUAUAAAUUAUAUUAAUUAAUUUAGUCCAAUUAGAAUGUUGGGUUUUCUAAAAUAUAUGAAAUAAUUUGUCUAACUAUGUUUACUAUGUUAACUUAGUUUCUUAGUUUAUUAUAUUAUGUAGAGAUAUUUAUUAAUUACUAUUAUGUCUAUUUUAAAAAGUUUUUAAACAAUUUUGAGUACCUUGUAUUAAUAUAAAUUAUUCUGAUAAAUUUAAUUUUAUGAACAUUUCUAUGUUUAGUUAAAUAUUACAUUUAAUAACUUAUCUUAUUAAAUCAUUUGUUUUAUUAGCUAAAAGAGUAUUACAUAAGACAAACUGUGUGUUUAUAUUUUAUGGCUGUAAUUUAUAAUUUAUUUAUUUUUCUUAGAUGAAUCUCUUAAUUAUUUGGAUGAUCAAGAAUCAUGUGCGACUUUGGCCAAUUCUACCCGUAUGUAUUCAAAUAAAUUUAUUGUUUGAAUUACUAAUUUUUCACAAAAUAGUACAUAUUUUAAUUGACAUUUUUAGAUAAUGAAACUGAGGACUGUGAACAAUUGUCUGUUCUAAAUGUAAUUGAUCAAAGACAAAUUCAACAGAACAUACCGGAUAAUGCCAAUAACAUAUGCACAUUGAAGCCUUGUAGCCUUAAAGGAGAAGAUGAAGAAGAAGAUAUAAGUAUUUACAAUGACACAGAACUUGUAAAUACUAGUGAUAGUUCUGAAGAUUCAAUAAUUGUAGAAAAAUAUAGUGUUACACCUGGAAAACAACGAUUAUAUGAUGUGCGCCUCACCAAACCAGCAUUUCAUACCAAAAACCUAGGAACAGCUGCUCCAUUUAUGGAUAGGAUUGAAGAAACUGCCAAUUCUGUUCCUAGAUUACUUGAUACUCCUUUGGUAUUCUUUACAUCACCUAAUAAUAGUAUUAUGGAAAUUAAUUUAAAUGAUGAAUCAUGUGCUAAUGUUUUACUAAAUAAUAAUGGAAUGAAUUUAAAUAAAUCCUUAAAUGAAACCAUCGACCAAAUUGAAGAAGUUAUGGAUGCCACUGAAUUUAAUUUUGAUACAAAAGAAUCCAUGAACAAUAUAUCCGAAAUAUCUGUUAAAACGACAGAUUUAACUGAUUGUAACAAUGAAGAAACAAUACCUGCGGAUUUAGAAAUUACAUCAACUUAUACUAGUGUUGUGGAUACCAAUUUUGAUAAUGAAUUAUGUAUUAAUAAACUUUCAGCGAACAAUGAUAGUAUGUAUUUAAAUAAAACCAACAACCAAAUUGAAGAAGUCAUGGAUGCCACUGAAUUUAAUUUUGAUACAAAAGAAUCCAUGAACAAUCUAUCCGAAAUAUAUGUUAAAACGACAGAUUUAACUGAUUGUUGUAACAAUGAAGAAACAAUACCUGCGGAUUUAGAAAUAACAUCAAUUAAUACUAGUGUUGUGGUUACCAAUUCUGAUAAUGAAUUGUGUAUUAAUAAACUUUCUGCGAAAAAUGACGGGAUGCAUGGGAUGCAUUUAAACAAAACCACCAACCAAAUUGAAGAAGUUAUGGAUGUCACUGAAUUUAAUUUUGAUACAAAAGAAUCCAUGAACAAUAUAUCCGAAAUAUCUGUUAAAACAACAGAUUUAACUGAUUGUUGUAACAAUGAAGAAAUAAUGGCUGCGGAUUUAGAAAUUGCAUCAACUAACACUAGUGUUGUGGAUACCAAUUCUGAUAAUGAAUUGUGUAUUAAUAAACUUUCUGCGAAAAAUGACGGGAUGCAUUUAAACAAAACCACCAACCAAAUUGAAGAAGUUAUGGAUGUCACUGAAUUUAAUUUUGAUACAAAAGAAUCCAUGAACAAUAUAUCCGAAAUAUCNUAACUUAUCUUAUUAAAUCAUUUGUUUUAUUAGCUAAAAGAGUAUUACAUAAGACAAACUGUGUGUUUAUAUUUUAUGGCUGUAAUUUAUAAUUUAUUUAUUUUUCUUAGAUGAAUCUCUUAAUUAUUUGGAUGAUCAAGAAUCAUGUGCGACUUUGGCCAAUUCUACCCGUAUGUAUUCAAAUAAAUUUAUUGUUUGAAUUACUAAUUUUUCACAAAAUAGUACAUAUUUUAAUUGACAUUUUUAGAUAAUGAAACUGAGGACUGUGAACAAUUGUCUGUUCUAAAUGUAAUUGAUCAAAGACAAAUUCAACAGAACAUACCGGAUAAUGCCAAUAACAUAUGCACAUUGAAGCCUUGUAGCCUUAAAGGAGAAGAUGAAGAAGAAGAUAUAAGUAUUUACAAUGACACAGAACUUGUAAAUACUAGUGAUAGUUCUGAAGAUUCAAUAAUUGUAGAAAAAUAUAGUGUUACACCUGGAAAACAACGAUUAUAUGAUGUGCGCCUCACCAAACCAGCAUUUCAUACCAAAAACCUAGGAACAGCUGCUCCAUUUAUGGAUAGGAUUGAAGAAACUGCCAAUUCUGUUCCUAGAUUACUUGAUACUCCUUUGGUAUUCUUUACAUCACCUAAUAAUAGUAUUAUGGAAAUUAAUUUAAAUGAUGAAUCAUGUGCUAAUGUUUUACUAAAUAAUAAUGGAAUGAAUUUAAAUAAAUCCUUAAAUGAAACCAUCGACCAAAUUGAAGAAGUUAUGGAUGCCACUGAAUUUAAUUUUGAUACAAAAGAAUCCAUGAACAAUAUAUCCGAAAUAUCUGUUAAAACGACAGAUUUAACUGAUUGUAACAAUGAAGAAACAAUACCUGCGGAUUUAGAAAUUACAUCAACUUAUACUAGUGUUGUGGAUACCAAUUUUGAUAAUGAAUUAUGUAUCAAUAAACUUUCAGUAAACAAUGAUAGUAUGUAUUUAAAUAAAACCAACAACCAAAUUGAAGAAGUCAUGGAUGCCACUGAAUUUAAUUUUGAUACAAAAGAAUCCAUGAACAAUAUAUCCGAAAUAUCUGUUAAAACAACAGAUUUAACUGAUUGUUGUAACAAUGAAGAAAUAAUGGCUGUGGAUUUAGAAAUUGCAUCAACUAACACUAGUGUUGUGGAUACCAAUUCUGAUAAUGAAUUGUGUAUUAAUAAACUUUCUGCGAAAAAUGACGGGAUGCAUUUAAACAAAACCACCAACCAAAUAGAAGAAGUUAUGGAUGCCACUGAAUUUAAUUUUGAUACAAAAGAAUCCAUGAACAAUAUAUGCGAAAUAUCUGUUAAAACGACAGAUUUAACUGAUUGUAACAAUGAAGAAACAAUACCUGCGGAUUUANAAUGUUUUACUAAAUAA